AUGCCUAUAAUAGUGAAAGAUUACACUUGGUCUCAAACAAAUAGCAAAAUACACAUAAGGGUACCAUUAAACCCUGUUAGUCAUGAGAAAGUUGAUCUAUUUCCUACUGACAAAUACAUUAAGGCGAAUUUCAGUCCAUUUUUGUUCGAAGUAUUUCUACUUCACGAUGUAGACAUAAAGAAAAGCAAAUGCUUGGUCAAAGAAGAUUUGAUAAUCUUAGAUUUAGUUAAAACUGAAGAAAUUGAAUGGGAGUGCCUGGAAAAAGAGCUAACAAAGGCUAACAAAAUGAAAAUAAGACAAGAAAUGAUUGAAAAAUGUCAGGCACAAGCUCAACAGGAGUCUGAAGAUAGGAAGAUAAAAAAGAGCCAGCUAGACAGGUUCACAGUUCAGCAAGCGAUGGAAAUAGACAGUCAGCAACAUAACCUGAUGGAUUCCAGACGCGAUGCUGAAAGGAAGAAAGCUAUGGAUGAGUUAGAAGACUGGAGAGUUGAUCAUGUUGAAAAUAGCAAUAGAAUCUGCGCACCACCACCUAAAGAAACGAAUGGUGUACAAAUAACUGAACUUCCUCCAUCUGAAGACGAAACAGAUGAUGAAGAAAAUAAAAAGGAAGUGGUAGAAGAAAAGAAAGAAGUUACCCUAAGCUCAGCACCAGUUAAUAAGCCUACACCAACUACACGAAAGCCAGCUAAGACUCCAGUAAAAUCUGAGUAUGUAGAGAAGAAAAAACAAGAGACUGCUAAGAGGGUACUGCCAAAGUUGAGACAGACUAUGAGUUUAGAGGUCAAACACACUCCCCGGACUUUUCCGACGCCCAGUAGGGAAUCUACAGCGGACGAGGAAGCCGCUUGGCUGAAGAAUAUCACAUUGGCCAGACGAGCGACAGGAUUUGUCUCGGAGGACCUCCGACCCGAGGAGCAAGACCCACAAUGGUGCAAAAUAAAAGGAGACGAGUUCUUCAAAAACGGUAACUUCCUCGGAGCCAUCAGCGCUUACACGCACGGCAUAUCGCUGUCUGACAAACUGCCUAGCCUUUACGCUAACAGAUCCGCUACACAUUUCGCUCUUGGCAAUUUUAAUAAAUGUCUAAACGACUGCUCAACAGCCUUAGACCUGAUGAAGCCACCGUGCGAAAGCAACCGCAGGAGCCGAGCAAAAUGCAUCGCCCGCCGCGCAGCCGCUCUCGCCCGACUGGGCUAUCUCAACAAGGCUAUAGACGAAAUGAAAGCCGCGGGAAAACUUCUCCCGGACGAUGAGACCAUCAAGAAAGAUAUACAUGACAUGGAACGCGCUUGGGAGCAGAAUCCUGAUUCCGAUUAAUUACUUAGUUAUAUGAGCAUAAUAAGGUAUAAGGAAGGUGCUAGAAUUCGUAACGGGAGGCAUGAUUUAGAAUUGAGAUGUAUGUCUGGUCUUUAAGAAUGUAACUGGUCUUUAUCGCCUCGUAUUUUUGCAUUUCGUCUUCGUAUUUUUUUGACCUUUAGCAUCAGGCCUGAAUGGAGAAUGCGCACGUGAAUAAUAUGCACGUUAUGUGUGGCCUGAUAUAUUAUGUGAUUGCUUUUAUUUAUGUUUUAGAUUCGGAAUUAUUUUCUAGUGUUAUUUAGUAUUUUCAAUUAGGCAUGGUAAGCAUGAUUAAAACUAGAAAAAUACACCAGAAACAUUAUAAUAUUAGGAAUAAAAUUAUAAUACAUUAACUGAAUGUUUUACUCUUCAAUAGCUUUUUUGGGUAGACCAAGAUUCUUAAGUAGUGCGUGUGGGGAGGGGUCCCUUCCGCGGAACCUCCUGAACACCUCACUGGGGUGACAACUACCUCCAA